AUUUGUUAUCUAUCCGGCUGGAACGAACCCUCAUUCCUUCUCAGCCAGCUAUCGGCAGACUGUCGAAGCCGUCUCCACUCUACCGACUUCAUUCCGUUCUCUCCCGGUUGGGGAAGCUGAACUUGGGCAUAUGGGACACACUAUUCUUCUCCCGGACGCUCUUGUCACCGCCCGGCUCUGCUCGACUUCCGCCACCACCUCCGCCUCCUCUCCCGCACUCUUUCAUCAGCUGCCUUGUAUUCUUUCGUCCUCCCGCCCAAGACCUUCAUCCCUUACUCGUUCUCUGUCUCAUCGUCUCGAUGUCUCCGACCGUGGUGCCAGGUUUCGUGUGCCCUCUUCUGUUGCUGGAAGCGGCGCUUUGAUGGCCAACUCCGUGCCGCCAAAAAAUGGUGUGUACACAGUGGGAGAUUUUAUGACAAAAAAAGAGGAUUUACACGUGGUAAAGCCUAACACAACUGUUGAUGAAGCAUUAGAGACUCUCGUUAAGAACAGGAUUACUGGUUUUCCUGUGAUUGAUGAUGACUGGAAAUUGGUUGGUCUAGUUUCUGAUUAUGACUUGUUAGCACUUGAUUCCGUAUCAGGUAGCGGACGGGCUGAUACAGGCAUGUUUCCUGAAGUUGAUAGCAGUUGGAAAACAUUCAAUGAAGUACAGAAGUUGCUUAGCAAGACCAAUGGGAAAGUAGUAGGUGACUUGAUGACACCUGCACCCCUUGUUGUUCGCGAAAGCACCAACCUUGAAGAUGCGGCCAGGUUAUUGCUCGUAACAAAAUACCGUAGACUCCCGGUCGUUGAUGGUGAUGGGAAGCUGGUUGGGAUUAUUACGAGGGGAAACGUGGUCAGAGCUGCCCUUCAGAUAAAGCGUGAAAUUGAAAAGAUAGCAUAAACUCGAGACAGCAUAAAUUAGCGAGUUCAGUUCAACAUAAUAUGGAGUUAAUUGGAGGUCGUGAUUCUCGCGCAUUUUGUUGGGCUAAUUAGAGCAUUUGGCAUCUAAUCUAAAUUGUAAGAGGUCGUGAUUCUCGCGCCAAGUUAUAGCUCCUAUAUUUUACGCUGCAUCAUCUAAUUGCGGGAAUUUGCCCAAUCUUCAUUUAUGUGAGCCUUUUCUCUCUAAUUGAGUACUGAGUAGGCCGCAGAUGUUCCCCGGUUUUGUCUUCCAGUUAUCUCAUCAAAUUGGUUUGGGACGGGUCUUAUUGUAUUGUGUGUUUGAAUACUAGAAUACUAGAGUUGUAUUGUUUACUCAUGAUAUAAUAUUCUUUUUUUGUUGUCCA